GCAACAUUGCGCUUCCUUACACAACUCUCAAAUGUAAACAAACUGCUGAAAAUUAGACCAUGUGAACUUUGACCUCGGAUAGAACCUGAAAAAUGACCUUGUCUCGCCUAAUUGCGGGUGCCAGGUGGUGCCAAUUGACCUUGUCUAACCUCCGAGGUGGCUUAAGAAACCAAAAUACCCUCAGAAGCAAGGAAAUAUGGCCGACUUCACCCUCCGCAACCCAGGCGAGAGCUCAUACAACGGAAACAAGGUCACUGAUCGAACAGAAAUAUGCUGUGGAAAAGGACACACUCCUCUUCAGGAACGAGAACAGGAGAUUCUUCAAGCUUAUCAACCUCUUCGCCAUGUCCCAGUUCUUCUUCUGGUCCUACCUUAGUCACUUCGCUCUUACCAUGAUGAAGGACGUUGAGGUGCCGGUCGAGAUCAGGGACGACCCCAAUGUACCCUGGUGGAGGAAGAUGAACCUCGGGAAGUAUCGCAACGGCAUAACUGUUAGCUGUUUUAUGAUUGGCUGGGGCACAAUGGCACUGGCAUGGAUGUACACCCUGCGCAGCGUUCGAUACCUGGUGCUGAAGAAAGGCGGCAAGACCCUGGCCUUUGUCACCUUCACUCCAUUCGGGAACAAGACCCUCGCUGUCCCCUUGGAGAAGGUCUCUGCGAAACAGAGCCGAAUGACAGCCACAGUUCACCUGCCGCUCAAAGUGAAGGGCAAAUACUUUCACUACAUCUUAGACAUGCGAGGCCAGUUUCCCAAUGCGAAGCUCUUUGACUACUCUGCCGGACUCAGGAGAAAUUGGGCGCAGUAGGGCAAGCGGUGGAGCCAGUUUGUGACCUUUUUAUCCAAUAUCCCUUACCCCCCAUCUAAGGGAUGUUUGCAGGGGUGAAUCGUGUUGUAGGCACUUUUUUUUUUAGAGUGGGUGUAAAUAGUAAUAAUUACUGUUUUUGAUAUAU